AUGACAGCCAUCGGCGUGCUUCGCAACCGCCUCCGCUCAAACUACCCCUUCACUUUGGCCUACAGGCUGCGCUGGGCUGAUAAUGACCAGUAUGGCCACCUCAACAACUCUGUCUACAACUUUCUCAUCGACUCUGUGGUGAACAGCUAUCUCAUCGAGCGCUGCGCCCUCAAGCCGGCAGACCCAUCGAACACCGACCCCAUAGGCCUUGUCGUCUCGUCGCAGUGCAACUACUUUUCCUCCUUGUCCUUUCCCCAAGUGGUCGACCUCGGCCUCCGCGUGAGCAAGCUGGGCAACUCGAGUGUGACCUACGAAGUGGGAUUUUUCGCCCAGGGAAGCAACACCGUCUCCGCGGUCGGCGGCUUCACGCACGUCUUUGUCCACCCCGAGCAGAGACGCCCAACAACGAUGGUGGAAGCUAUGCGCGCUGGUCUCACGGCCAUCCACAACGACCUCGAUGCCCCAUAUUUCCCAACCGCCAAACUGUAA